CAUAGCUUUGAUACACAAACCUCGUCAGCUGGUACUAAUACGGUAUAAUCUUAAUGUUAGACAGCGAGCAAGUUCUUUUGGGCGCCGGCUCGACUGAUCGCGCGCUGCCGUCCGAGUCGCUGCUUGGCGCUGAUGGCAAACAAAAGCAUUUCAGUAAGCAGCUCGCGGCUCUGCAGCAGCGGCGUGUGGCGUUCGAGGCGGCCGGCUUGACGCCGGCCGAGGUCGCGAGCUGCUCCUCGCGGCGCCACGCGCAGUGCCAGCAGUCGCAGCUGAACGCCCUGCGCGCCUCCGCCCGCGCCGGCGUCAGUGGCUACCGCCCGCACCUGCGCGCGGCCGCCACCUCGGCCCUCACCGCCGCCAGCGCAGCCGUCGCCCAGUUCCAGCGCCGCGCAGCGGCGGAGGCCGCGGCGCAGCUUGCGGAGUUUGAGGCGACGGACGCCGCCACUCCAGCGGCAGCCGCCGCAGGCGGAGUCGACGGCGGCGCCAACUCGGAUGGUGGACUUUCACUCACAGCCGAGGGCACCGAAUACUCUGCCGCAGCCGUGGCCAAACGCGUGCUGUUAGCGGAACCUGACGAGGUGUACGACCGGCGUGGCGAGGACUUCCGGUCGGAGCUGCUGGAGCGAUACGUCAUAGGCGGCCCUUGCCAGGCCAUGGCGGGACUGGCCAGCUGCAUCCACACCCUGCGGCACAACUUCGCCGCCCGCGAGCGGGAAGUGCGGGAAGCGCAGCGGCAGGUGACGGCGGCGGCGACGGCGGCGGCGGCGGCACAGCCGGCGGCGCGGGGCGGCGCCGCCGCCGCGCUGGCGGCGGCGGAACGGCAGCUGGCUGCCGCCGGCAAGGCAAUGGUCGAGGCGGGUCAGCAAUCCGUGGUCGCGGUGGACCUGUUGAGCAAGUGGAUAGUGGCGUUCAAGCCGCUGAGCAUUGCGGCUAAGUUGCAAGCCACGACGCUGGCGGCGCCGGCGCCGCCAGCGCAGGCCGUGGAAAUGGAGACGGCGGCAGCGGCAGCGGCGGCGGCUGGCGCCACCGGUGUGGUGGCUGAGAUCGAGACGGUGGUGGUGGCGUCAGGAGCGCCCCAAAGUGCUGCCGACGCCGACGCCGCUGCCGCCGACGCCGACGGCACCAACAGCGGCACCGGCACCGGCGGCACGGGCAGCGGCGGCAGCGGCAGCACGCCGGCGUGUGAGCCGCUGGUUCUGCGGGCGCUGGCGGUGGUGUCGGCAAUGCUGGCGCUAUACCUUGGCGGCGGCUCCGCCUCGGCUCAGUCGGACCCAGAUCGUCAGGAGCUGCAGAUGCUGCAGGCGAUGGCGGUGGCGGCAGGCUUAUGGCACCUGGCCGACCGCGAGGCGGCAGCAGGCGGCGAUGGGGGCUGCUGUGCGGACGCGCCGCCCACCCACCCCGAGCUGAGGUGCCUGGUGUUCCUGCUGGCGGGCUGGAUGGAACAGUACGACACGUGGAGACAGCUGAACGAGCGGAUUACCCAGGCGGCGGCGGCGUUGGAGGCCGCGUCCGGGAACGAGCCUACUGCUCCUGCUCCUGCUCCUGCUACUGCUACUGCUACUGCUACUGCUACUGCUACUGCUACUGCUACUGCUACUGCUACUGCUACUGCGGCGGCUUCGGCUUUGACUGGUGCUGCUUUGUCACCGCCCGGCGGCACGGCAGCAACAGGUGCCGCUAGCGGCGUCGCAUCCGCCACGGCUGCCUCCGCACCCGCCGCCGCCGCCGCAGCUGGCAAUGCGUCCGACAGCUGCGCAUCAGCGGAGAUGGCGGAUGUGGCUGCGGCUACUGCGGCAGUAGUUGGUGCGGUUCCGCCGGCGGCGGCUGACGCGUUGGCGGCGUUGCAGCAUGUUAUUUACCUCCUCGAUGUGCCACCCAUGGUGCAUCUGGCAGAGCUGGCCGCCUCCGUCAUGGUGCCCGCACUGCGGGCGGCGGGGGUCCAGGGCUUAAGGGAGGGGGGCACGCUGGCGAGGGCGGCGGCGCAGCCGCACCCGUUCGCAGCAACCGAAAUUACGGCGCCGGAUGCGGCAGCGGCGGCGACGGCGGCGACAGCGGGGGCGGCAGGAGCGAUGGCGAUGGCGGGGUUGCAGAGGGGGCAGGAGGAGGUUCGGAAGGGGCAGGAGGGGCAGGAGGGGCGGGGCGGUGGCGUGUGGGACUUGCAGCUGCCGCCGCCGGGCGUGCAGGGGGAGGUGUGCCAGUGGGUCCUGUACGUGCACUGGGCGGCGGCAGUAGCCACAGCAGAGGCUGUGUUGGCGGCUGUAGCUUAUGGCGACGGCGAAUGCGGCGGCGAAUGCGGCGGCGAACGUGGCGGCGGCGGUGCAGCAGUAGCAGCAGCAGCAGCAGCAGCAGCAGGAGGAGGAGGAAGUAGCGCGACUGCGCCCGCCGCACCUGCUACAGCCGAUGGCUGCGGGGACCAAGCCGCCGAUAGCUUGCCAAAGCAGGAUUCGAACGAGGGCGUUGGCUACAGCCCUGGGGCUGGGGGCCUGUUGAACACGUGGGCUCGCAUCCCGGCCGCCGCCUGGUCUGCCGCUGCUGCCGCCGCCGCCGCCGCCGUCGCCGAAGCGGCAACCAUGGCGGAGGCGGCGGAGGCGGCGGAGGGUGCCGCCGACAAGGCAACCAACAGCGGUAGCGCCAGCGGCGAUGCCGCCGCCAACUGCGCCGGUGGCGGCGGCGGUGUAGGUGGUGGCGGCGCCGGUCGGCGGCUGAAUGGCAGCGUGGUCGCUGCGGCAUACACAGCGGCGGCACGCGCGGCGGCGGCGGCGGCGGCGCCCGCGUUCCUGUAUGGAAGGCUCGUCACCGCCGCCACCGACGACGACGACGAUGACGGCGGCAACGACGCUACUGACGCCGCCGCUGACGCCGCCGCCGACGCCGACGCUGACGCUGACGCUGCCGACCCAGCCGCCGCGACGGCGCGGUGCGCGGAGACGCAUGCGCAGUCGCUGCUGACUCGGGCGCUGCAGGCUUGGGGCGGCUUCGUGCGCUCGAUGCGGGACCAGCCGGCUCUCGGGCCACGUGGCUUGAGCAUGGAGCGCACCCUCAUGAGCAUCGAGGCGACGCAGGCGCGACACACGGUGGCGGCGCUGGCGGCGCGGCUGCAUGCGGUGGCGGCGGCGGAGCAACUGCCGCGAGUGCUGCUGGGAGCGCCUGGGUUGGCGGCGGCGGCGGAGGAGGUGGUUGAAGGAAGGGAGGAACGGGAAGGGGAGCCGGCGGCUUUGGUACUUCGCAGCUGGGAGUGGCCGAGCCGGACAGCGCGGGAGGCACUGGCGCGGGCGCUGCUGCAGGCGGACUGCGCACAGGCGCCCGGCCCGCCCCUCCGCCUGGAGGGCCCCGAGGUGCUCCGCCAGCUGGCCGCGCACUGGGCGGCGCUGCAGGCGGUGCGGGACGUGGGCGGCGGCGGCGGCCUGUGGGCCGCCCUUCACAGCGUAGCCGCCGACCCGCAGCCUAAUCAGGAGGAUGACGCACUCGCUGACGCGCUCGCUGACGCGCUGUCCAUAGCGCAGUUUGCGGCUGCGGAUGCGGCGCAGGUGGCGGCGGUGCGUUGGCUGCGACAGCCGCCUGUGCGGCAGCCGUGGGGGGUGGCGAGGGCGGAGGUGGAGGUGGCGGCGGAGGUGGAGGCGAGGAAGGAGGCGGGGCUGGAGGAGGGGGAGGGCGGCGGCCUACGGCCGCUGGCGGGUCUGGGUCUAGCGCGACUGGCCUUGCAGGUGGCGCCAUGGCGGGAGGAGGAGGAGGAGGAGCGGGAGGAGGAGGAGCGGGAGGAGGCGACGGCAGGGGAGCCAGGGGCCGGCGGCGCCAACAGUGGUAAUAGCACCAGCAGCAGCAGCAGCCGAGGCUUGGAGGUGCGCUUUGUGCCGCUGCUCCUCACGCCGCAGCAGCAGCAGGGGGUCGUGUGGGAAGAACUAGGCGAAGCGGGAGCAGCAGCGGCGGCGGGCGCCUGUGCGGAGCCGGCGGCGGUGUGUGAUUCGGACCAGCUCGCAGCCUACCACCAAAUGUGUGAGCGACCGGUGGUGGUCGUCAGUAGUGUGGGAAGAAGUGUGGGAGACAGCGCCGCGGCCCCCGCGGCGGAGCGGUCAAAGGUGGCGGCGCGGCUGCGGGCGCAGCUGGAAGCGGGCGGCAUUGGCGUGCUGGUCCCAAUCCUGACGGCGGCGGCGGCAGGAGGCGGCGGCGGCGGUGGCAGCAGAGGAGGCAGGAGCGGCGGCGGAGGUGAAGCAGGCGGCGGAGGAGGCGUGUGCCCGCUGCAGCUGGCGUUUGAGGCCAUUGCACAGGUUCGUGCGACCUGGCUGCAGAGCGGCCGCGACUUCGUGGUGUGUGUGCGGACGGCUGAGGCAAAACGCAGUGGUGCUGACGGCGGCGGCGGCGGCGGCGGCGGCGGCGGGCGGCUACACAGCCACGAGGGCGUGAAGAACGCGGAUCGGGCGCUGAUGCGGCUAGCCGCCGACCUGGCGUGCCAGUACGGGCUGGGGCGCGUGCCGCAGGAGCCGGCGGCAGGCGGUGGCGGUGCGGCAGAAGCAGUCGCUGCAGAAGGAGCGGCAGGCGGCGGUGCGGCAGGGGCAAUCGCUGCAGGUGGAGCUGAGGCGGCAGCAGUGCAGGAGCGCGGCGGCGGCGCCGCCAGUGGCGUCCGCGGAAGCCGGCGGCCGGAGUGGGAGGGCGCGUGGGGCGUGGUGCGGCGCGCGGCGGUGUGCCGGGCCGUGAGUGAGCUGCUUGGCCUGUUGGUGCCGGAUGACCAGGGCGACUCCCUCGACCGCGCCUUGCACAACAUACUACGUUUGCGCCAGAAAACUGAUGAGUACAUGGAGCUUGCGGCGUUGGAGAAGAGCGCGACGGACGCCGCAGAUGGCGCGGCUGCCGCCGCAUCCGGCGGCGGCGGGCGGUUGGCAGCGGCGCGGGCGGGGCGGUUGGACGCGGCGCUCGUAAGGGCCAAGGAGUUGAGGAUCCAACGCGCCACGGUAGGGGAGUCUCUGCUGGCGUUGGUGGGGGAUGUUGACGGGCUGCUGCCGGGGCUGCUGGGGUUGGAGGACACGACACGGCUGCUGUGCGGCAGUCGGUGGCUGCUGGGAGGGGCGGGAGGAGGAGGAGAGGAAGGAGGGGAAGGGGGAGGGCAGGGGGCGCCGGAGGCUGCGGCAGCGGCGAAAGGGACAGGUAAGGGCGCGAAGGGCAAGGGCGGAAGCGGAGGCGGAGGCGGAGGCAGAGGUGGUGGGAAGGCGGAGGCGGAGCCCCGGGUGAGCGGCCAGCGUGGGGGUCGAGAUGCGUUGAAGGGGAAACAGGAGGCUGUGGAGGAGGGCAAGGCGUUGGGUGGGGAUGAGGAGGGCCAGGAGGCGGGGGCGCCGCGGUUGCUGCUGCUGGUGCUGGAGUGUGACCCGCGGGAUCCCGCGCGCCUCCUGCUGCCGCUGCCGCUGCCGACUCCACCGUCUGUUCGGCGCAUCCUGGAGCACCUGUGAUGCCGUACGGCGGCCUGUGGGAUGCGGCCCCGUGUGGAUGAGAUGGGACAGGGUAAGGGGCGGGUUGGGGUAGGCACUCGAGUGUGGGUGGUGUACAGUGUGGGGAGUGGCUCGCCAAAGCGAGGCAGACCUUCCUUGCUGUAGCGAACGGAAGAUUAAGUAAGGAUGGACGAUCCGUGAUAUGAGCUAUUGAGCUGUAGAAAACGAUGGAAAAGGUCGGCUUGGGGCGACCGUGGGGCGCGUAGGGGCUGUAGGUUAAGGAGGUGGCCGGGCGCCGGAAACCGGAUUGGCACGAUGCAUGCAGCCAAACGCAGAUCCCAAGUGUCUAUUGUGAUGGCAGGCCGAGAAAAAACACAUUGCUCUGUUUUGCUUGUCCAUUAGUGAGACAUUGAAUAUAGCUCGUGCUCGACCGGUUGCUCAAGCCCAAGAACUCACAAAUUCCCUGGGAGUGACUGGUAAAACCUAUGACGUCAGGAAUGUAAUAAAGGAUGCCG